AUGACCAAGCAAGCGCAGGGCGAGCCGAGCUGGAGAGGGCAGGACCCGGCACAGGGGCUCGGGGUGGUCCCCGCCGAGGGAAACCAGGGUGCGUUCAAGGUCGCCCCCGCGGCAGCAUUGCUCAGACGACCCGACCUGGCUCUGGCUGCCGCUGGGGCACUAGCGGCGGCGGCGGCGGCGGCGGCGACUGCACAUCUGGCGUCCCGGGCGCGCACGCUCGGCGCACCGCCCCCUGGCCGGCCGCGGCAAUCUGCGGAGCGUCCGGCGAGGUGGCAGCGGUGUCAGGGGAGGCGGUGGUGUUGGCGAGAAGGAGGGGAGAGGGUGGCUCCGCGCGCUGGAGGGGAGUGUUAUGUGGGGCGCCGCGCCCCCCGCCCCCGCGCCGGGAGGACGCGCAGACGGGGCGGGGCGAGAGAGGAACGCGGGGCGGGCGCCCGGGUGUCCCCACCUCCGCGCCGGGCCACCGCGCAGGGAGGGGGCGGGGCCGGGGCGGCGGCCAGGCUGCUUUGUCCUCGCCGGGUGGGGACGCAAGGUCCCGGGUGGGUCGAGGUGGGGGGGUGGGGGAUCGUCAGUGCGCUUGUUCCCUCCCUGAGCGUCCCGCACUCACCCUCCGGAGCUACUGCGGGCGGUCCACAGCUAGCUUGGGCCGAUCGGCCUCGGAUAAAACUCGCGGGGCCCCGAGGCCACAGAGGCGACAACGCACAAAGUCAGGCUCACGCUCUGUGGCCCGGGGCUGCAGCCUCCCGGGCCACCCUUCGUGUUUGUUAUGGAGUGGCGGAGGCCGCCAGGCUCGCGGGAACUGGGGGAGGCUGGGUUGAAAGGAGGCCCAGCGGUGUUGGGUUACCGGCGGUGAGUCACGGUCCCCUCCAGCAGCCGAGGCCCUGCAGGCCCCCAGCUCCGGCUCGGUCAGGGCAGGGCCCUCCUGGAGCAACCGCGGAGCCUGGAAAGUCCCCGGGAGGGAUGCUUCGGGACCCCGGCUCUCUCUCAGGGAGAAAGGAGGAGUCAGGAACGAAGGCUCGAAGGAGGAACCCGGCCUUUCGCCAGGGCUCCUAUCUCCCGGGUGGGAAGAUUGACCAGGAAGAGCAGCUGGUGCUUCCUUCUGCAGCCCUCAGGUUCCGCCCACCCUCCAAAUUCCUUCUGUCUUCGCUCCAGUCUAUUUAUCACCUUACACUGGACUCCAGCAGCAGCCUGCCUUCACCAGAUGCAUCCCCCCCCCAGCCCCCGCCCCUGUUGCCAGAGUCAUAG